ACUAAUUUUAAUGAGCUUAGAUAACUUUAUUAAUUAGGAAACUCGAAAAAGUAUGUCAUACUAUAAUGUCUGCUGCAAGUACUAACGUUACAUUCUGUCCUUUUUUCCACUCGGCGAAGUUUCCUAUAUUUUCUUUCCUUCUUUUCUCUUCCUUCCUAUACACUACUUGUCACACAAAAAUAAAUAAAUAAAAAAAAUUCCCUUCAUUCAUAUAUUUUCAGUUAAUUCUGCCAAAGUUGUAAUCUUUUUCACUUCACUGAAUAUGGGUCUUUGGGAUUCCUUCCUCAACUGGCUUCGUAGCCUAUUUUUUAAACAGGAAAUGGAACUUUCGCUGGUAGGCCUUCAAAAUGCGGGGAAGACAUCGCUCGUCAAUGCUAUUGCUACUGGAGGCUACAGCGAAGACAUGAUUCCAACGGUUGGAUUUAAUAUGCGGAAAGUUACAAAAGGAAAUGUGACCAUAAAACUCUGGGACCUUGGAGGCCAAAGGAGAUUUCGCACUAUGUGGGAGCGCUAUUGUCGGGGUGUCUCUGCAAUAUUGUAUGUUGUUGAUGCUGCUGAUAGAGACAGUAUACCUAUAACCAGAACCGAGUUGCAUGAGCUUUUGAAGAAACCUUCAUUAACUGGGAUUCCUUUGCUUAUCUUGGGAAACAAAAUCGAUAAAUCAGAAGCUCUUUCACAGCAAUCCUUGGUCGAUCAAUUAGGUCUUGAUUCAAUAACGGAUAGAGAAGUCUGCUGCUACAUGAUCUCGUGCAAGGAUUCUGUAAAUAUCGAUGCUGUUAUCGAUUGGCUAAUCAAGCACUCAAAGACCGCGAAAUGAAGAGCGGUUCCUGGGUUCUUGACGCGCCUCGUGGAGGGUAUAGUGAUCUGGAAAAUAGUAAUAUGCUCUUUGAGGGUCUUGAAAUGAUGUUGUUAAUAUAUUUUCUGGCUGAUCUUUCUUUUGUUUGUUCUUUAUUUACAAUUCUGUUUUGUUAUAAGUGCUUGAACAAUCAUAAUAAUACAUCUUUCAUUUUGAA